CCGCGCCCGCGCCCGCGCCCGCCACUUCAAGCUCGAGGCUUGCGCCGACCCCACCACAACCACAAACCAACCACAAACCAACCUCAAGCCUUCAGCCUUCAGCCUUCAGCCUUCAGCCUUCAAGCCGCGACCCGGACCUCAACAAGAGCGCCAUCGCGAGUACUUGGGAAACGUCCACCAAGCAAUUGUAUAUCUGCGGAGGCUUCGACAAAAUCACGUCAUGUCGUUCAACGGCCCCAUCGAUGAGUCGUACCCAACGCCCGAUGCCAAAGAUAGCUCUACUGUGUCGCAUACUCAAAAGGGCUUCAAGAUCAGUGCAAGGAAGCUUCCCAUCUCGAAGUCUGGACCCAUUGACGAUAUGUCAAAGACUCUGGGCAUCCCAGUACCGGAGAUGAUAUUCGGCGAUAACAUGGUAUCAAUCGAGCAUAUGGCGAGUGGAUGGCGGUUGGAGUUCAAUGCAUAUGAUGCUCUAGACCGGGUAGACAAGACAGACAAGAAUAUGCUGAAGGUCGCGUACUCGCAGGAGUGGUCAAGCAGCAGAGAAAAGACACAUGAAGGUAUCAAAGAAGUCGUGAAGCCAUUCGACUGGUCAUACACAACAGACUACAAAGGCACAAUAACCAAUGGCAAGCAGUUCGAUCUGCAAAAGGACGACGCGGAACCAAUUCCAAUUGAGCUUUUAAAGCGGCCUGACCCGAUAUUAUUCUUUGAAGAAGUUGUGCUUUACGAAAGCGAAUUGGAUGAUAACGGCAUCUCCAUAGUCUCCUGUAAAUUGCGAGUCAUGCCAGACCGCAUGCUGUUGCUUUGCCGAUUAUUCAUGAGAUUAGAUCAGGUUCUGAUCAGAAUUCGGGACACCAGAAUCUAUGUGGACUUCAAAACUGGCAAGGUUAUCAGAGACUACACUGAGAAAGAGGAGAAGUUUGAGAAAGUCAAGCAGGUAAAAUCAAUUUUCGUACCUAGUUUCGGCGAUCUGUAGAUGAUACGCACUUGUCAGCAUCAAUGCUUUAUAUCUACUCUCCUCAGAUACAGGUGUAUAUCACUGGCUAAUGUGUGUCCAGGAACUGGUGGCAUUGGGCAAGCUGCCCAGCGAUAUCACAACGGCUAUGCGUGAUCCCAAUCAGAUCGGUCAUCUCGUGCCAGAAGUUACCCACACUCUGGAGAGUUUGACAGUCUCGUGAUUGUCUUCCUUUCUAUCUAUUUGUUGCAUAGCAUGGAGUUUGGGAGAUGUGCAUUCUUGUGGCGUUCAACUUGAAUUGUUACCUGGUCCCGAAUAAGUUCCUCUCAUAUAAGCAGAGUUCAAGAAUAUCGAUUCUGCGGCGUUCAAAGAGGGUGCGGAGGACAGUAUGUACCAAGCAUCCAUACCGUCUCAUUUCCCAAGCUAAUUCAUUCCAUGCUGGGAGAAACAAUGACAGAGCCAAAGUCUUGUCUGUUUGCCCCCUCGCUCCAUAUCCUCCUCAUUCUGUGUAUCCUUCGUAUCCUCUUCAUCUUCUCCAACUGCUUAGGCCCACUCAUAUUGAGAUAGAAAAGAUCUCCUUAAUCCACUAGUGCCCAUCCUUUUCUCGAAACUGAAUAUACGUUUGUACCUCCUUUGAGCCGAUAGCACAAGAUGUGAUACUUCGAUUCGUUGGGGGCUUCGCUGAUCUGUUCACAUCUUACGCAUUUGAACUUUUUAUCCUUUUCAGCUGAAUGAUUCAGCAGAAUCUCUCUAAUGAUGCCAAGUUACCGUUACAGGAAAAGCCUCGCUUGAAUUAAAUGCGUAUCUGGCAUUACAUCGCUCCAUCAGAAACAGACAACCACAUCGAGCAACUUGACACACCAGUGAUCUCUUAGUUGCUUCCUCAUACCUGAGUUAUACGCAUCUGUGAUACUGACAAUGUUUCCCACUGGGCAGCACGAGAUGAGCCGAGACACGUAGGUCAAUUGCCGGAAGAAUGCUAGGCCCCUUUCCCUUCUCAAAGCCCACCAUGCCAUACCCUGCGUGUAUCUCUAUCUACAUCGUUUGGAUCUUGACCCUUGUGCUAUAAAUUAUAGCAUAAUGUAGCAUACUUGGAAUGCUGGUACUCACUAAAUCUGGCUCGUAGAAGCCAAUCAGCUUGCUUCAGUUGGGUAGACAUCGUGUACUAUGGUUCCGAUGAUUCCCGUGGUCGGCCAUAUUGAACUGGG